UUUAUCAUUCAUCUCAUAUCUCAUAUCAGUGUUCAUAUCUCUUACAGUGGAUUCCUUACCGGAAUUUUGUCGGCAGUUUUUUUAAUGUAGUAAUAUAUAUUUUACAUAUCAAGUAACAAAAAUCAAAAACUUAUUUGGUAUGAUAUAUUAGCUGUUGUAAAACAAUUUGUAUAUUGUUUAAAAUAUGGACAAGAUAAAGGUAAAGAAGGGCAGUCAAAAUAUGAAAAAUUCAACUAAAAUACAAAGCGUAAAACUAACUGAUUCUACGGCAUCAAUAAUGAAGCUUGUGGAUGAGCUUCUAGAUGCCACUAGCACAAUAUCUAAUUCGGCAUCGGUUAACGAGCAGUGGUCUAUACACUUGGUGAUUGCUGAUUUACUGUUUAAAAUCAAAACACUAGAAGCGGAAUUUGGAUUGAAGCCUUUAUCCCAAAGGAAUGACCAAGCAAUUGAGAAAUUAACUAAAUGGGCUGUAAAAAAUGACGCUAUUUUAAACGGAGUAGAAGUCUAUCAAUUAGAUGAUGGCACAUAUGGUAUGAAAUCUAAACAAAAUCUUUCAAUCGGGGAAAAGAUAGUAAUAGUACCUAAAACGUUGAUGAUUACUGAAGAAAAUAUAUUGUCAUCCCCAUUGCGAAAACUACAUUCGCAGGAUAUGAUGUUACGUAAUAUGCCUAAUGUUGCUUUAGCUAUAUUUAUCUUAGUAGAAUCAUUACGUAAAGAUAAAACGAGCUUUUGGAAUCCAUAUUUGAGUACUUUACCCGAGUCAUAUUCAACACCGGUUUACUUUGAAAUAGCUGAUCUGGAAGCGUUAAGAGGAUCACCUACUUUGGAAGCUGCAUUGAAACUUAAUAGAAACAUAGCUCGUCAGUAUGCUUAUUUUAAAAAACUUUUCCAGUUGUCCAAAGAUCCAGCCAGUUUGAUUUUAAAAGAUACCUUCACAUAUGAAUAUUAUAGGUGGGCAGUAUCGUCGUUGAUGUCCCGUCAAAAUUUUAUACCAAGUUUAGAUAAUUCUUCGAACUCUAUAAGUGCACUCAUUCCACUUUGGGAUAUGUUCAAUCAUCAUAACGGAAAACUGUCUACCGAUUUCAUCAAGUCGGAUAACACUUGCGUGUGCUACGCCGACCGCGAUUAUUCGGCCGCCGACCAAGUGUUCAUUUUCUACGGUGUGCGGACAAACGCAGAUUUUCUGGUGCACAAUGGAUUCGUGUACGCCGACAACGAGCACGACGCCGUGAAAAUACGCCUGGGCGUGUCCAAGUCCGACCCGUUGUACGCGCUUCGUUACCGGUUGCUGCAGACCCUGUCAUUACCGGCGCUGGCCGAAUUCUCCCUGACGCCCGGUCCGUGUCCGGUCGAUGGCAAACUAUUGGCGUUCGUGCGCAUAUUCAACAUGGACAAAAAAACCCUGGACGAAUGGAUCGGUCAAGAAGAGAAACAUUGUUUGCAAUUGACCCGAACGGACAUGUCGGAAGGCGCACUCGAUGUCUCGCUCGAAAUCAAAUGCUGGCAGUUCUUGCAAAUCCGAAUCAGUCUAUUGCUCAGACAGUAUCCACCGACGGCGGCGGCUGUCGAUGGCUCAAAGGAAAAACAGCCGCCCAAGUUUCAACGGCUUGCUUCUACCUUAAUCGGACUAGAAAAGGACAUUUUGAAUAACGCUUUAGAAUACGUUCAAAAGUGCAUCAAUGGAAUGCUUCGUGAUUAGAUUUUUUUUAUCUUGUCUUGUUGUUUUAUUUAAAAUAUGUUUUGAACAGAUGUGUCACUGACUUAGGCAAGUAACGGUGUUGAUACAAACAACAGUAUUCGUGCAAUAUUAGUCUAAACGUUAUUGACUAUUGUAAAUUAAAUUGAGUUGCUCAACUUGAGUUAUAUGAAACCUCUGGGUGUGUUUUUAUCUUAACGUUCCUGAUUUUUUUAACGUGCCAAAUACCGUUGAUUGUAUAAUAUAAAAUCAAUGCAAAUGUUAUAACUAAUAAGUCUAAUAUAUUAUGUUUUGAUAUUAAUUAUGUUUAAAUUAAAUGUCUAACAAUAUAGCAAUACUAAAUAUCACAAUUUAACACAUUUUUAUUUGUGACCAAUAUAGCGGAUUUUAUAAGUCCACGAUUUGAUUAGUUACUUAUUUUAUUGUAAAUGUUUUUAUAAACAUAUUUAUAUGUAUAAAACUUAAUUUUAAUCAAUGUGUUUUAAUCGAGAUUAAAUGGCAGAUCAUAUGAAAUUCAUUAGUAGCUGAUAUAUAUCCUAAACCUCUGAACCGAUUUCUUCAUAUCACAAGUCUAUUAUUGAGCUCAAAUCGUACCCAAAAGGUCUUUUAAUUGGUAAACAAUUAAAAAAGUUCAUAUCUUCCCCUUUUAAAUCGAGAAAAAUUUAUAAAAAAUGUACACAGAUUUCAACCUGAAAUAACAACGCGCUAUAGUUUAGAACUUUUUGAAAUAUCGAGUGGGAUAUUCUUUAGAUAUAGUGUACUACCAAUACACAGUGAGAAACCAACAAAACAUCUUUGACCAUUUCUCUUAGAAUGAGUAGAAAUGUUUACUUUAUUUGCUUUUUAGGACUUAAAACAUUUACAAAUUUUUCAAAAAGUAUUCAAAUUUUAACAUGAUAUGAUGUUAUUGGGCUAUGGUCAAUCGGAAAAUAUGUGCGUGCGUGCAUCGCGCUGAAUGUUUCGGGUAUACUAUAUAUAUCUAUAAGAUUAGAGAUAAUGGAUUAGAGUUAAUAGAUGGUCCAGCUAGAUGCUAGGAGGAAAGAGAUUAGAGAUAAAACAAGUACCAGGGUUCUAUACUUGUAAUGAUAUUAAGACAUAAUAUCUAUGUUCUUAUGUACUUCCGUGCAGCGGAGGUUAUGCCCACUUUUUUUCAGAAAAACAACGGUUGUUAUAUAAUUAAAUAU